GCCCAGCCGCAAUGACUGGGGCUGUGCCUGCCGGGGGCUCGGUUGUGGGGUCGGUGCUUGGGGGCCAGAGGACCCCGGAGCGCCGGGCACUGCAGGGAGCUGGAGUUGAAUAGACUCUGGCAGCAACUAGCCCAGUCACAGCCAGACUGUUGCUUAGCAACUAACUGCAAGCAGCCAAGUUCCUUAAACGGCUUCGUCAUCACGCGCGCGCGCCUCCUCCCUUCUGCUUCCGCCUGAGUGCCCUACGUCACCAGGACCACAGGAAGCGGCGGGGCUUCGCGGCUCUACGCCAAUAAUGACGUGUUGGGUGGGCGGGGCUUACCAUAAGCCACUGGCGCAAGAUGGCGGCGCGGGGGCGACUGUUGAGCUGCCUGAGGAGGCUGCAGAGCGGCUGUCGGAGCAGCAGCUUUUCCCCUACUUUGCUACGUCUGGUGAGAACAUCACCCUGUUCUUCUCAGAAUGGAGCUCAUGUACCAAGCAUCAGGGUGCAGUGGGCAUCAUCCUCUUCUAAGCCAGGGCAACCAGUGUCUGACUCUAGUGAGGGACAGAUCUCCCUCACCAACAGCUGUGUGAAGAGGCUGCUGGAGAUUAUAGAAGGUUCUGAGUUUCUCAGGCUGCAGGUGGAAGGAGGUGGCUGCUCUGGAUUCCAAUACAAGUUUUCCUUGGAUACAGUUAUCAAUCCUGAUGACAGGGUGUUUGAGCAAGAUGGUGCCCGUGUUGUUGUGGAUGUGGACAGCCUGGCCUUUGUGAAAGGUGCAAUGGUGGAUUUCAGCCAGGAACUGAUCCGCAACUCGUUCCAAGUGGUGAGCAAUCCACAGGCCGAACAAGGUUGCUCAUGUGGAACAUCCUUCUCCGUUAAACUCUGAGUGGAUUCCUCUCUCGGUGUUGCUUGGGUGGACGCUGAGCCAGAGACUAUACUCAGCAUCGUCUCCAAGGGUUUCUAAUUUUGCUAUUUUUUUCAGCUUCCUCGAUCCUCCUCAGACUGUUAUACAAUUACUGUAAAUGUCCCCAUCUGCCUCUCUGAACUGAGUCUACAGCCAAGACUGAUAGGGCAGUCCCUGCAAGGGUUUGAAAUAGGGUUGAAACCUAACACAAAAGCAUCUUCUGUCUUCCAUGAAUCUCCAGAAACUGCUGAGUGUAAUGAACCUUUCUGAUCUCCCUGAGCUGCCCAACAUGUGGAACUGCCUGUCUAAUUAGAAGCUGCCUGUUCCUGUGUAUUUGAUGGGUUGUUGUUUUUUUUUUAUCACAAUUUCAAUUAUUUGUUUGUUUGGUUUUUUUUCCCAUGCUUUUCAAAGUGUGGUUCGAAUGCAGGUUUCUACAGGGAGAUGGUUAUUUCCCCCUUGCCCUUAAACUGGCUGUAGGGCUGCCUGUGUGUUCUAGGCAGUUGUGGGUCUUUCCAGACAGUUUGUUCUAUUAACCUUCUUAGUCUUGAAGAUCUUCAGUGGCAAGAGCUCCUCCACUGCCCCCAUGGCCCACCUGUCUACAGGGAGCAUCCAGUACUUGAUACGGGUAGGCAAAGUAGAGAGGUGGGCAUAGGGGGUUAGGGUUGUUUUAGCAUUAGGGCUAAAAAAGGCAAUUUGGUUUGUUCCCAAUCCUGACUCAAUUUAAAAAGUGGUACAAAUCAGCAAAUGGCUUCUUAAACUGUCUGCUUUUGUCAGCAGGAGGGCCAGGUGGGUCACAUCUGAGAGCCCUUGUACCAUGUUCUGCAUGCCACUUUGAUUUAAUAACCUAAACCAUUUCCCUAGUUUUGCUUAAUAAUCUAAUCUGUCUUCAUCUUUGUUUCUGGUUUUAGGAGAGAAACAAAUCUCUUAUUGCCUUUAUAGGGCAGUGCCCAGCUACAAGUGAACUGUAGGAAGGUUGUCCUAGAUGUUUCCAAUGCAAAUUUAUUUUCAGUUACUCACACUUUGUGGAACUCUAGCCUCUUUGUUGAAGUUUUCCAUGCUCAGUCUCUGCUUGGAGAUGAAUGGUAAAUUUGAGCCAAAAUGGUUCAUCUCCUUUUAAGUGAAAGGAGAGAUGGGGAACUUGUGUUUUUUCCCCAUUAUUACAAAAUCCUGCUUUAGCAGUCUCAUAACCAAAUUGUAGGAUUUAAGUGUCCAUUUCCCAUGGAAUAUGGAGUAAUGCAUAGCUUGGUCUGAAGGAAACAGCUUGCAAUCUGGGUGAAUUUUAAUCAUUUUCUGAAAUUGACAUGCCCUGUUUAGUUAUGUCUUUUAUUUGCCUUUCUGAGGUGUGGUAUUAACAACCAAUUUUAUAAAUGGGAUAGCUGAGACUGAGAACAGAAUUGUCUGAACUCCCAUGGUUAAGCUUACAACAUAGCUGGGAAGAGCAUGUUUAUUUCUGUGCUAGAUACAUGUUUUAUCUACCAAACCACAAUGCCACUCAGACAACUGGUUUCCAGUUUUAUUCACUUUAAAAUGUGAGCUCUAAAGCCUUGUAUAAAUGCAGAGCAUUAUUAAUAGACCUGUCUUUAAAUAGGAUAACUAAGCCACAGAAAGGUGGCUGGAAGGCAUUGUUUUCUGAUCCAAGAAAUAGGUUCUAGUUCUGCUUGAAGUUGGUCAAAUUCAUUUCUGUCUCACUUAACCUAUAUUUCUAUAUAGGUUAUGAGUGACUGUAAAAUAUAAAAAAUGGUAGGGGGUUCUGGGACAGUGUGAAGCCUGAAAUUACUUAAUCUUUUAUCUAAAUAGACUUGAUUUUAAGUUGUCGUUUUAACCAUGCUUCUUGAACAUUGUCAAUGAACUCAUUUUAUGGAAUUUAAACUGAACAUACUUGUUCCAUUCCUCCUCA